GAUCGUGCGCGCGCGCAACCGUAUAGAUCGUUGAUCUAUAGAUCAUUGUGUUGAGUGAUAAGAUACUGUCAGUCGGUGUAUGACGCGCGAGCAGCGCUGUCGUGCUGUGACGAAGACGAUGUGAAUAUUGCGUUUUGUUAAAGUGAACAAUGGAUGUGUUGUGACUGUGAGGACUUAACUGUAUAGUGGACUAUGGAUUUGUGUUGAUAAUUGUGGAUGUUAACAUCAGGCGAUUUGAACGCUCGUUGUGUGAGUUGUGACAUAAAACAGGUCACUUUGGAUUUAAAAACAUCAGGUGUUUUUGCUCGUUUAUUAAUAGACACUGUAGAGAUAAGGGUUCGAAAACAACCCUUGAAUAAGUGACACAAAACAGGUCACUUUUCAAAAGGGAUUAGCAAAACCAGAUGAUAAUAUAAGCGCCUUUUUCGGUAGUUCGUUAAGAACAGAUUUUUGUGCGACAAAAAAAUCAGAAAAUAUAACCACUUCUUUAUUUGGUUGGUUAAAAAUUUUUGUGCGACAAAAGACAGCAUAAUAUUGUCUAAACCCCUAUGAAACUGCCUCCCUUAUUCGGAAGUUGGUUGAAAACAGACGAUUUUCGAGUGAAAAAGAAAUCACCAGAACUUAUAAUCCUCCUUGUGACGGAAAUCGUCCAAAAUCUUAAAGAUGCGUCGAUCCAAGCUCAACAUUAACCCAGACCUGGGUGAUUUAGAAGAGAUGCUGGCGCACGUCCAGACGCAGAUAGAACAGGAGAUCGAUCAGGAGAAGGAGUCCAGGAUGCCGUCCAUCAUGAGCGUGAAGGAAUCGCCGAGGAUGAGGAGGUUUCAGAGGAAUGAGCACGAGAAAGAAGAUAGAGGUACGGAUAGCUUGGAUAGGAGAAGCAUGCAGAGGAACUCAGAGAAUUGGCAGAGUCACAAUGGGGUGCAGAGGAAUUCAGAGAAUUGGCAGAAUGGCAAUGGCAAUAAUGGCCAAGAAGAGAGAAAGAACUCUCCGAAUUGGCAGGUCAAUGGUAUUAAUGGUCAAGAGGAGAGAAAGAACGCUCAGAAUUGGCAGAUUAAUGGCAGACAGGAGUAUGACGGAAGAUCAGAUUUGAAUGGUCAGAUUGGUAGAUCAGACGCGAAGGUUCAAGAUACAGGGAGACCAGAUAAAAGCCAGGAGAUAGAGUACAGAAGGCAGGCAAGGGAUCAACCAACUACUAUAGAGUAUAGAAGACAGGGUUCUCAAACGAGUUUGAAGUCUGACGAUCGUGGUUCGGUGAUCUCCUUCCAGUCCUUCCGGUCGGAACCGGGAAGGAAUCCAUCCCAUGGUGUUAGGAAUGGGGGAAAUGGAGGGAAGACUGCGACGCUGCCGCGUGGAUACGGUUCCACGAGGGAGAAGAAUUGGGAGGAAUACUGGGCGAACGAGCAAUCGAUAAGCAGCGCGCGCGCGUCCGUCAUGGUUUACGACGACGGCCUCAAGAGAUGGGUGCCGUCCGGUACCAGCUCCGGCCUCUCCAAGGUCCACAUCUACCAUCACACCCAGCACAACACCUUCAGGGUGGUGGGGAGGAAGCUAAACGACCAUGAGGUGGUGAUCAACUGUGGUAUCGUACGUGGGCUGAAGUACAACCAGGCGACGGCUACCUUCCAUCAGUGGAGGGACGCCCGACACGUGUACGGCCUCAACUUCUCCUGCAGAGAGGAUGCUGAUAGCUUCGCGAGAGCGAUGAUGCAUACACUCGAGAUCCUAGCGAACAAGACUGUGAACAACACUGCGCCGCCGCCGCCGCAGCCUCCCAACCCGCCUGUGCCCUACAACGGCCACAACAACACCCAUUACGAUGAGGAUAUGGGUUAUAGAACGAUGACACGCGAGGAUGCGGCGAUGCUCCAACAGCCUCAGUACCACGCGCCCCAUCAGUACCAGCAGCAUCAGCCGGCACAUCAGCCUGCUCAUCAACCAGCGCAUCAACCUGCGCAUCAACCUGCGAUCCAACCUGCGCACCAACCUGCGCUUCAACCUGCGCAUCAGCCUGUGCAUCAACCUGCCCAGUACCACGCGCCGCAUCAUCAUCACCAGCAGCCCGCCCCUGCGCCCGCGCCGCCGGCGCCGCCGCCGCACGGCGUGCACACGUUGCCGCACGCGCCGCACCCGCCGCCGUCGCACCCGGGACACCAUCGCACCAGCAGUGCACCGAUGCCACCGAAUAUGACGCUCUCUGCGCCGGCGCCGCCGCCCGUGCCGCCACACCAGAACCUACCCGCGCCCAAUGGCCCCGUAGCUCCACCUACCCCGCCCGCCGCUCCGCAGCCGCCACCAAUGCAGCAGCAACCGCCAGCCGCGCCCACACCAGCUCCCGCGCCUCCGCCCCCGCCGCCGCCCCCUGGCGCGGCCCCCACUGCCCCUACCCCUACCCCCGCCCCGACCGCCGGACCGCCCCCACCGCCUCCGCCCCCGCAGCCAGCCGCCGAGUCAGGGUUCGCCGCGCAGCUGCAGCAGGCUAGACUGAAGAGACAGCAGCGGGCCGGUGUGAUUCCCGUUAGCGGCGCCACCGAGGCGGCGUCUCCGCCGGGCGGCGAGCACUCCGGCGGCUCCUCGUCGUCGGGCGGCAGCGGCGGCGCGCGCGGCACUCUGCACUGCAUGAUGCACGAGAUGCAGCGCACGCUGGCGCGACGCCGCGCGCAUUUGGAUCGCGCCGAGGAGUCAUCAGCUGACAAUUCUGUCAACAACACCCCCAUGAAAACCUGGGAGAGAUCAGCGACACUGCCGCACCGCCUCGCCGCCUCAUGUAAUGGCGCCGCUACAUCGAACUCGGAGUCGCCGCAGCAGCAGCCGGCGUCGCCGCGCUCUGUGCGCAAGCGGUUCGGCUCCGCCAGCGAGGAGACCAUACUCAAGCAAGUGAACGGAACCGUCGCAGCGGCGGAGGGCUGCGUGUCCGCGGCGGAGUGGGACGCCUUCAAACAGGACGUCCUGCGGGAGCUGCGGACGCAGGUCGCACAGAUGAAGCGAGAGAUACUGGACGCCAUAAAGACGGAGUUCGCCCGCAGGUAAGAUCACCGAGUGCUACUAGUCUACGCGAGGAGGGAACUUAUGUAUUGCUAGUACUAUUAUUUAUUGGGCAGUGUUGCCAGACGCUAGACGUUAUACGAAGCAUAAAGUUGUUUCUUUUUUAAUUUUAUACUUAAAUAUAUAUUUAUUCGAGUAUAUGUCUAGGGUAAGCGUCUCUGGUGGUUUUUGAAUUGAAAAAAAAAGUGUUGUCUAUGGCUUCGAAUUUUGAAUUUACCGGAUGAAAGUUCUCUUUUUGAAAAUCACCAGCGAGGAGUCAAUAUGUAAUAAUCGACUAGCGUUAAAAUGUAUCUAGUAUUACUGUAUUUAUUAACGUGACACAGAUUAUCGAAGUCAAUUUGACAGUUUUGUUACGUCAUUUUGACAUUUAUACUUUUUUUUUCGCCGUGCCGUCCGGCACUGACAUUGCUAUAGACAAUAUCGGCGAACGCCGCGACAACUUUUGUAAUCUGUGUGAUAUCAAUAGAAACUAAGUACCUUAUUGUCAUAUACACAAGGCUCCUUAUCGGAUGGCAUUUGAAUUCCAUUACCCUUAUGGUCUUCCAUAAUAAUAAGUUUUACAACACGCUAAAGCAAAGCACUUGAAGCAUUUAUAUAGUACAAUUAUUAUUCAUUCACAGGCAAGUUUUGGCCAAUUUUGCCACAGAACAGAAAAAAGUUUUAAUGACAUUUAUGAAAAAAAAGUCAAGUGUUGCCAUGUUAUUUCUUUAGCAGCUUUUUUUUAAUGCAAGUAGGCCAAACUAGAUUUAAGCGUCAAAUGUCGUCCGAUAAGAAGCCUAUAUACAAAAUAUAUCACAACAUAGUUAUAUGUUACGGACCGUAUACACGUUUUUGUUGUUAAGUAUACCAUGGGAUGUAAGUGUGACCAACGUAAAAAUGGUGCCAUAUUUUUUUUAUUUACAUACAGCGAAAGCAACUUUUUUAAUAACGGUUAAUGCAAACAAUUUCAGCAAAUGAAUAUUUUUACAAUAAUUGAUGAUUUUUAUAAUCACAAUGCAGCAUUUAAUAUAAUUCUAAUAUUCUAAUACAUUUUUUAUCAUAAAAAAAUUUUCUAGGUGAAGAUAUGGAAUACCGAGCAUAAGUAGCCUUAUUAAAUGAACCGAUUUAAUUUCAGAAACAAAUUUACAAAAACAUUUAUUUGAAAUUAAUCAUUAAUGUAUAAUUUAUAUUGUUGGUCACACACACAUUUUUUCGCACUCGCAACACUGACUGAUACAGCAUUCCAAUCAGGCCCGGCCUAUGGAAACAAUUUUUUAUUUGGAAAUUUUACAUUUUUACAAUUACAACCCGCGUUUUGGGUCGCACAUUUAAAAUUUUUGUACUGGUGCUUUUUGUUACUCCGGAUUUUAUGCAUUUAUGUGCCGAUUGAAUAAAAAAACUUUUUUUUAUGAAAAAAAUUGUCUAUGGUAAAAAAAAGGGCAAUUGUCUAUGGUCAUUUUUACGAAGCGUCGAGCGCUUCGCUAGCAGACUGCUAGCAUUACCUCAAGCCAAUGCUAGCAUGUGCUAGCAAUUCACGAGCAUUUGUGAUGUACAAAUAUUGUUUUUGGACUUACUUUUUUUUACACCAUCAUGAGAUUAAGAUAAGAGAAAAUGGUACUGUUAUAUCUUUACUAAAAAGUAAGUUCAAAUAAAUAAUCCGUUUAUAAAGAUUGGGACUAAGACAUAAUUUAUAGUCUGUCAAAAAAGUGAAAAAAUUAAAAAGUGGCAACGGA